AUGGCACUCACCACCCCCGAUGGCCUCGGUGCCGCCCUCGACACGGAUGAGCUGCCCAUGUUCGUCGUCGAGCGAGUGCAGCUGCAAUUCUCCGUCGCCGCCGAUUUUGUAGCGGCCCAGGUGGCGAACAACGUCCUCGUUCUCGCCCUCUCGAAUGGGCGCAUCCUGCGCAUCGACCUCAACAAGCCAGAAGACAUUGAUGACAUUGACCUUCCGAAAAAGACCUCCGAAGUAGGCGUCAUCCGUCGCAUGUUCCUCGACCCUACGGCAUCGCAUCUUCUUAUUUGCACGGCACUCGGCGAAAACUACUACCUGCACUCGCAGCACAAGAACCCCCGACCGCUGGCUAGGUUGCGAGGCGUCUCCAUAGAGAGUGUCGCAUGGAACCCCUCAUUGCCGACCGCAUCGACGCGCGAGAUCAUUCUGGGUGCCUCGGACGGCAACAUCUACGAAGCCCUGAUUGAGGCGACCUCUGAGUUCUACAAGAAGGACAUACGCUUGAAGAACCUCCACCGGCUGCAGGAUGGCCCUAUCACCGGUCUCUGGGCGGAUGCUCCGCAGGGGAAAUCUGACGUCCGACGGCUCAUGAUCGCGCAGCAGAGCAGGCUCUUCCACCUCUCUGGCAAGAUUGGCAAUGGGUACGACAGCCAUGGCUCCGUGUACACCAAAGUAUUCGAGUCCGAGCAACCUACAAUACAUGAACUGUCGCGAGCUUCCGGGGCGGCACCGUCUUCGCUUGUCGUGUCCCCGGAUCCGCCCGAAACGAACCCCUACGACGACGAAGAGGCCGAGAGGGCGUAUGCGUGGUUGACGUCUCAGGGCGUCUUCCACGGCAAGCUGUUGACAGAUGCUGAUGCAGAACUGGGCAAGAAGGUAUUUGCCGGCUCAAAACUCCAGGCGCGAACGGACUUGAUUCAUGCCGAGGCAUCGAAGAGGAGAGGAUCACCCGAGUUUGUGGAUGCCAUUGCACUUACUCAAUGGCACAUCCUGCACCUGGUUGGUGGCCGUGUAGUGGCCACCAAUCGGCUGACCGGGGCCAUCGUGUACGACCAAAUUGUUCUCGACGCCGGACAGACCGCUCUCGGGCUGUACGUGGAUCUGCAGAAGAAUACGUUCUGGCUCUUCACCAGCCAGGAGAUUUUCGAGGUUGUUGUCACAGACGAAGACCGCAGCAUCUGGCAGAUUAUGCUCAAAAUGCAGCAGUUUGACGGCGCGCUGCAGCAUGCGAAGACUCCAGCGCAGAAAGAAACAAUAGCUACGGCAUACGGUGAUUACUUGGUGGGCAAAGGCCACUUUUUGGAAGCGGCUGCGGUGUACGGACGCAGCAACAAGCCCUUUGAAGAAGUCGCUCUAUCCCUCAUCGACAAUGCGCAGCCUGACGCCUUGCGAAAGUAUCUCCUCGCCAAGCUCGGGUCUUUGAAGAAGGGGGCCAUUAUGCAAAGAGUCAUGAUUGCAAGCUGGCUCGUGGAGGUCUUCAUGGCCAAGCUGAACUCGCUCGAUGAUACAAUCAUAUCACAGGCCGAACUGACCGAAAACCUCAACCCGAAACAGUCGAAGGAACAACUUCAGGACGUUGAGAAAGAGUACAAAGAGUUCGUCAAUAAGUACAAGCAGGACCUUGACAAACGAACAGUAUACGACGUUGUCAGCUCGCAUGGCCGCGAGCGGGAACUGCUCUACUUUGCCAACGCGGUCAACGACUACAACUACGUCCUGUCCUACUGGGUCCAGCGCGAGAGGUGGCCUGAAGUCCUCAAUGUGCUGAAGAAGCAGACAGAUCCAGAAGUCUUCUACCGCUACAGUACUGUGCUCAUGACCCAUGUUGCAACAGAUCUGGCUGUUCGUUAUUUGCAAUACAUCAUCAACCAGGUCAAGUCGAAAGACUCAGCUGUCCACAAUACUCUGGUUUCUAUUCAUGCGUCUCAUCCCUCCUCCGAUGAGGCCGGCCUGCUCGCAUACCUGGAGGCUCAGGGCGACGAACCCGACUACGACCCCGACUUUGCGCUGCGCCUGUGCAUCCAGCACCACCGAACACUAUCGUGCGUUCACAUCUACACGAGCAUGGGCCAGUACCUACAGGCAGUAGAUCUGGCUCUCUCCCAUGAUGCCAUCGAGCUGGCGUCUGUUAUUGCUGACCGGCCCAUGUCGAACCCGCCUCUGCGCAAGCGCCUCUGGCUUGCCGUAGCGCGCAAGGUCAUCACCCAGUCAGACGGCAUCAAGACAGCGAUCGAAUUCCUUAAGAGGUGCGACCUUCUGAAGAUUGAAGAUCUGAUCCCCUUCUUCCCAGACUUUGUCGUCAUCGACGAUUUCAAAGAAGAGAUCUGCGCGGCGCUCGAAGACUACAGCCGCAACAUUGACGGACUCAAGAAGGAGAUGGACGAGUCGUCGCAGACUGCCGCCAACAUCAAGGUCGACAUUGCCGCGCUCGAUCAACGAUACGCCAUUGUCGAGCCGGGCGAGAAGUGCUACGUUUGCGGGCUUCCACUGUUGAGCCGUCAAUUCUUCGUGUUCCCGUGCCAGCACUCGUUCCACUCGGACUGCCUCGGGCGAAAGGUGCUCGAGCAAGCCGGCGUCGGGACGAGCAAGAGAAUCAAGGAGCUGCAGGUGCAGAUCAGCAAGGGACUCGUCAGUGGCGUGAAGCGGGAGGCCAUGAUUAUGGAGCUGGACUCGCUCGUUGCUUCGGCUUGUAUACUAUGCAGCGAUUUUGCCAUCAAGAGGAUCGAUGAACCGUUUGUCACAGCGAGGGACAACCUUGUCGAGUGGGUUGUGUGA